UACUGUGAGGUCAUCAAUACGCGCCCAAACCGGUAUUACAAACAUAGCGAUUAACAAUACGUGAAGAGAAUGAAGUCGGCGAAAGAAAAGAAAAGAAAGCAUUCUCGUCGAGAGUCUGCUGAUGGAGACAGAAAGAAGAGAAACACCGAAUCGAGCGUGGGGGAGCCUAAAGAAGAGCAGCAUCAUGUGCAGGAGUUAAAGGAAGAACCAAGCGACAUUGAGGAAGGUGGUUUGGAUCUCACUGUGCCUUUUAAACCCAUCAGUGAUUAUCUGAGCAACAGACAGGAGAUGCUGGAGCAGUGCUUCAACGUCCUCGGGCAAAACAAGCUGAAAAAGAUGUUGCCUGACGAGCUGAAGGGAUGCACGUUCAUGGAGAUCAAGACGCUCUGCUGGGAUCAACUGGAGCAGCUGUCCGAGAAAAAUCUGCUCCAGAUCCUGGAGGGUAAAGAGGUGACGGCUAACUCGGAAGCUGAAGAGAAGGAGACUAACAGGACCUCAGCAGACAGUCAGCAGGACAACAGUGUGGACUCCACGUCAUCGAUGAAAGAGAACGCUGAAGAAGACAAGCAAGGUUUAUCCGGAGAAGAGAGCGACGUCCUAAGCAUAAACGCUGACAUGAACGACAGUGACAUCGAGGGCCACAAAGACCCCAAACCCCAAGAAGAGCAAAUACCCGUUCCCAUGGUGAUGCCCCCUCUGUCCUCAGACCUGCCUCCAGAGGCGGACCUCGAAUCGGACGAGCCGAAGCUGGAGCUUCAGGACGACAUCGACAAGAGCGUCAGUGAGAUUCUCGCUGUCACUGAUCACAGCAGUGAGGACGCACAGAUCAAGCUGCGUCCGCAGGAGGUUGCUAUGGAAGCGGCGCCCGCGUCAUUUCCUGUUCCUGCCGCAGCACCUUCAGCACAGCAGCUGGCACUUCUGGAGUUAGAGAUGAGAGCGAGAGCCAUCAAAGCUCUAAUGAAGGCCAACGAGGUGAAGAAAUAAACUCUGAGUUUUUUGCAGCCAAGGAACAUACGCAGCCAUAUUGGCUUUUAAUUUCUGCUUAGUUUUGUUUUCAGUCUCUGAACCUCAACAAGCUGCUGAUUUAAAAUGUGUCCGUUUCAUGACAAAGUGUCAGUUU